AUGGGAGAAACGACUAUACCAGGGGCGUCUUCUUCAACGAGAAAGACUCAACAAGGAGGAAUUAUACCUACAUCAUUGAAAUCGAUAGAAAAAGAUGGAUUCAUCUUUCCGCCCAUUUGGAACUUUCCACCUUUUUUCACUCUUCAACCAAACCUUUCGACACGUUCUCAUCAAUUAGAUUUAUGGUCUUCACUCGUACUUUCUUGGGCUAGGUUUCGUAAGGUUUUCAUGAUAAACGUAGAGGUGAUAGAUCCUGGGGAAGUGUUUAUCAAUAAAGAUAUCGAUCGUCGUCUACAAACAACAUCGUUGAAAACACUCAUGAUACAUAUGACAGAACGUAAUCAAGCUGCUCCAGAUCCUCCGAAACAGACUAGUGUUUAUUUACUCUAUUGGAGAAAACCGGAUGAAUGGGGUGGGAUCAUAUAUGACUGGAUCAUAGAGAAUGGAAUGAACAACACCAUCUUGACAUGGUACGAACUCACCGAUGGGGAUUUGGCACAUACCACCGAAUUUUACCAACUCCCACUUCCCAUGUUACGCCGAGCACUCGACACUCUAGUACGGAAAGGCAAGGCGCAACUGCUUCGAGGCGAGGGAGAGACAGGAGAAGGUGUGAGGUUUCUGUAA